AUGCAAUCAAACUCAUCAUGUCAAACUUGCAAGACGCGGCGCAUCAAGUGUGACGGAGCAAAGCCCAUUUGUCAGAAAUGCAUCAAAUCUCGCCGAACUUGCGUCGAGGCCGACGCUGCCAAGCAGCAGCAGUUUGCCAUCCACAUUGAGAACCAGUACGCCGCCGGAGAUAAGAGGAGACCAAGAGGACCCCGGUCUAGCCUUGUUCCAAUAAACGCCAAUUUGGAUCUCAAGACCCGUGCCCACGCGUACUAUGUCCAGAAUCACUUUCAAGUCUUCCGGGACAUGCCCGGCGUGGUCACGACAUGGGCCGAAUGUCUCCACGAAUGGAAGGCAGAGGGGAAGACCUCACCCAUUGUUGACUUGGCCUUUUCUGCUGUGGCGCUUUCAGUCUUUGCUCGUUUUCAAAACUGUCGACCUGCUGCCGCUGAGGCGUCAAAAUCAUACCUCAGUCUGCUUCGACACAUGCAGAACCGUAUCCCACGCCUCAGCAGUGGAAAUGCGAGCUCGGACGAGAUCGACGAGUACCUACUGGGGGCCCACUUCAUGGCCCGAUACGAGGCAUUUGUGCAAAACCACGGCGAUGAGGCCGACUUGGAGCCUCUCAAGGAGGUCAAACAAUCAUAA